CGUGUGUAUCUACAUGAUAUCUACAAUGCAAUGCCCCCCUUUUAAUACACGAAUCCUUUCAGAGUUUCUGCAGACCAAUUCGUCGGUACCACGUAUAUCACGACAUAUAUCACCUAUAUCCUGCGCUUAGAAAGGACUUCCAACCAAUCGAGUGUCAUCUUGCCGUCAUCGCCUACAUAGUACGAAGUACAUACAUAUAUCUUUGUGGGGGUAGGAAUACCUCCACAAGUCUCACUGCUACCCUACUACCCUACACUAAGAAUUACCAAACCGCUGGCAGGGGUCAACACAUGACCAUGCCGCGAAGGACGAGCCAGAGCCUAAGUCUAUAUUACGACGUGCCCAUCGCCGUCAUACCUUUGAUCAGUUCCUUACUUCUACUCAUAAGACUCUACCGUUGGCAACAAUCUCAAUAUUACCAACUCCUUAACCUCAUAAACUAUACAAUGGAGCGCACAGCCUCUCAUCUAUCUAGUAGGAGCCGAGGCCCUACUGCCUUCCCAAAGUUCAACGAACUUCCCCCUGAAAUACGCAUCAAGAUAUUUCAAUAUGCUAUGCCAGACCCAAGGACGGUGGUCGUCAAGUCGCCUCACUCAAGACAAGGACAGACACCUAGGUCACUAGAAGAAGCAAUGUCGGAACAACACAACCAAGAGGAGACGUGGUAUUCGACCACACAGAUCCCUGCCCUCUUACAUGUUAACGCCGAGGCUCGCUACGAAGCCCUCAAGCACUACAAACUUUCGCUCGGUGUAGGAAAUGCACAACCGAGAAUAUACGUCGAUUUCAGCCGAGAUACCGUAUUCUUCGGAAACUCAGAGCUCAAACCCGAAUGUUCAGACUUAUGGGCUUCCACAAGAGACUUAGAUCGGGUACAACGCCUCGCCGUCGUUCCCGAGGGUGCUUGGAGAGUACUACGGUGGAAGAAGGUUGACUUGAAUUCACUGGAGAAGAUGAUAUUCGUACACGACACAGAAAAUUUCGACCUAGGCCCUCUUCCGCAGCUAGUUGAAGACGAGCCACAAGCCAUCGAGUCAGCGCUACUCGAAGAAGACGUACAACGUCUAGAAGAAUUACAGUUGGAAGAGGACGUCCAAGAAAGUGGUGCUGUGGAUCCGAUGAAGAAGAGGAUGCAGGCAGCCCGCGAGGAGUUAGAUACGCUGAUGAUGGUCCUACCAACGCAAUGGGAGAAGGAGCCUAUGGUGUCGACCGCAGUGUUUAGGAAAGCUUGCGGGGAUAGAUGGCUAUGUUGAUUGGUUAUUUCCAUGUAAUGACAAAAUUGUCAGCCACAGCAUGUCUUAUCUUACCUGCUCUGUACAUCAUCCACGGAUGCUGUACGCUUCGAAAUCCAACCAACCAGGUCGAAGAGUCUAGCUUAAGAAGGAUUUAAUUCCCAAAUAUGUUAAACAU